AUGGCAGCCACAGCUGCAAUUCAAGCCUCCAUGGCUUCUCUUUCGAUAUCCUCGAGCUCCUUCUUCGGCUACCGCCUCUCGUUUCCGUGUACCUUCUCCCCUUUAACUGUUAAGUCGCCGGAGAAGCCAUGUCUCAUUGUUGUAAAGCUAAAACGAUGGGAGCGGAAGGAGUGCAAACCAAACAGCCUUCCAAUUUUGCACAAGAUGCAUGUCAAGGUGGGAGAUACGGUGAAAGUGAUUGCGGGAGACGAUAAAGGGAAAGUUGGAGAGAUUACAAAGAUCUUCAGGCACAACAGCACUGUGGUCGUCAAAGAUAUCAACUUAAAGACGAAGCAUAUGAAGAGCAGAGAACAGGAUGAACCUGGCCAAAUCAUUAAGAUUGAAGCACCCCUUCACAGCUCAAACGUAAUGCUGUACUCAAAAGACCAGAACGUGGCGAGCCGGGUGGGGCACAAAGUGCUGGAUGAUGGGACGCGAGUCCGGUACUUGAUCAAGACGGGUGAGAUCAUCGAUACUGCAGAGAACUGGAAGAAACUGAAGGAAGCGAGCCAGAAGGGCGAGGCAGUUGAAGCAGCUGCUGCAGCUUGA